AUGGAGACACAAACAAUCGACGUGGAUAACAUUAUUGAUAGAUUACUAGAAGUUCGUGGUUCAAAACCAGGUCAACAAGUUGAUUUAGAAGAACAUGAAAUCAGAUAUUUAUGUUCAAAAGCAAGAUCAAUAUUUAUUAAACAACCUAUUCUACUUGAAUUAGAAGCUCCAAUUAAAAUCUGUGGUGAUAUUCAUGGUCAAUAUUAUGAUUUAUUACGUCUUUUUGAAUAUGGUGGUUUCCCUCCAGAAUCAAAUUAUCUAUUUUUAGGUGAUUAUGUUGAUCGUGGUAAACAAUCUUUAGAGACUAUUUGUUUAUUAUUAGCUUAUAAGAUUAAAUAUCCAGAAAAUUUCUUUAUCUUAAGAGGUAAUCAUGAAUGUGCUUCAAUUAAUAGAAUAUAUGGGUUUUAUGAUGAAUGUAAAAGACGUUAUAAUAUUAAAUUAUGGAAAACUUUUACAGAUUGUUUCAAUUGUUUACCAAUUGCUGCUAUUAUUGAUGAAAAAAUUUUCUGUAUGCAUGGUGGUUUAUCUCCAGAUUUAAAUAGUAUGGAACAAAUUAGAAGAGUUAUGAGACCAACAGAUAUUCCAGAUGUUGGUUUACUUUGUGAUUUAUUAUGGUCAGAUCCAGAUAAAGAUAUUGUUGGUUGGAGUGAAAAUGAUAGAGGUGUUUCUUUUACAUUUGGUCCUGAUGUUGUAAACAGAUUUUUACAAAAACAAGAUAUGGAAUUAAUUUGUAGAGCUCAUCAAGUUGUCGAAGAUGGUUAUGAAUUUUUUAGUAAGAGACAGUUAGUAACUUUAUUUAGUGCUCCAAAUUAUUGUGGUGAAUUUGAUAAUGCAGGUGCAAUGAUGAGUGUAGAUGAAAGUUUGUUAUGUUCAUUCCAAAUUUUAAAACCUGCUCAAAAGAGUUUACCAAGACAACAAGGUGGUAGAAAGAAGAAAUAA